GAUAUUGAGUGAAAGAAAGUGAGAAGUAAAGGAGGUGACGUGUACACGGGGGUCGUGUCAUGACCUUGGCGGCAAUCCAACACAGUUUUGGCGGGAAAAUGAGCCUCCUUUAAGUAUUAACGCGGGAAUCCGAUGAACAUGUGUAACUGACUCUGAUCUCAUUCGGUCUCAGUUGAAGUGCGUUUCUGUGAGAAGAAAUCUGCUGUAUCUGGAUAUGGUGGGACGUCAAUACGAUUGCUUGAUUAACCCUCUCGGGGCCGUCCGAUCAACGUUUGAGAAGGCGGUGGCAUCUGGUGCAGAUCCGACAUCGUUUGACGGUAAAGAUUGGGGCGUAUCAGAUCUCUUUCGAGAAUAUCUUUUUCAAAACGACGCCGUCAGUCAGGUUCCGAUUCUGACUCAUUCAACGAUUAAAUGGGUUCAAGCGAAUUCGUUAGUUCGGUUUCGUGGGAUGAUCCAAGAUAUGUUAGGAAAUGAAUGCUAUGUUGGUGCUUAUAAGAAUGAAGGGACAUGGAAUACCAACAAAUUCACAGAUGUUUCUCAAUUUCCCAUGGGUCAUUCACCGGAUACCCGCCUCUGGGAUCGUCGGCUGCUCUUAUGUGUACCUGUUCCUGGCCAAAAUUUAUGGGCAGAUUCUACUUCUGAUGGUUUGAUAAGGACACACGCCAUGUCAGCAAACCAAGAGAAGCGACAAAGAGACAACUGUUCUGUUUCUGCUGAGGUGGAAAUGCAAGACUUGAAUAAUGAGAUGCCGGAUUCUCCACGUGCAAAGAAGAUGCGAGAAGGUGAAUCUUCACCACAUGAUAACAUGGCUGAGGCUGCAGACUAUGGUAUGAGUAUGGUCCCUGAUUUUGACACAAGUAAUUUUCAGUGCUUAGUGAAGAUAUAUGAUACUCCAGAGUCUGACUUGAAGCUAAAUGAUGUGUUUGAGUUUAUUGGUGUUCUUACAUUCGACAGUGACGUUAAAGAUGAUAAAAAAGAUGAAAAUGAACUUGGAAAUUAUUUUGCCGAUGAGGACUUAGUCAACCUACCUUCUAGCAAGGUGCCACGUCUUCAUUGUCUUGUACACAGAAAGCUCUCACUCAAUGAUUUUGUUCUUAGUUCACCAACAUUGGAGCCAAAACCCGAUGUGAUAAAAGGAUUACGCGAAUCUCUUUUGCAUCAUCUUACAUUAGUUCUUGGUGAUGACGAGUUAGCUGCUCGUUUUAUGUUAUUGCACCUAUUAUCAAAGGUUCAUGUACGGGCAGACUCGAUUGCGGUUGGAAAAUUGUCGCUUAACCUUACAAAUCUCGACAAGUCGAGUGCAUCCGUGUUUAAUAACCGUAUUGAUGCUGCAGUGAAAAAUCUUUUACCUUUCAGUCAAUGUAUUCCGCUCACAGUUGAUUAUCUUAAUACCGCUUCACUUGCCCCGGUAAAAGAUUACCAAACAAACAGACUUGUUCCGGGUGUUCUUCAGUGUGCAGAAGGGUCUCAUUUUACAAUAGACGAGACACAGUUACAAUCAGGGACUUUAAACAGUAACGGUGUUGAAAAUACGCGAUUGCUCAGGGAUCUAAUGGAGUUUCAAAAGGUGGAAUACGAUUUUAAAUUUUAUAAAAUGAAGAUGGAUGCAGAUGUUCAGUUUUUGAUUAUUUCCGAGGGAAAAUCAAACAUUUUACCAGCUGAUAUAGUGCUUCGUUUUCAUCCUUCGGCUGCGGGUGCUGUGGGAACCGUGGAUGAAGAAACGUUAAAUGCUUGGAGAUGGUAUUUGGCUACUCUUAGAUCAUUGCCACAUUCUAUUGGGACAGAUAUGCAAAAGGUGGUUGAAGAUGAUAUGGUUGCAGCUAGACAAGCCGAUCGGUGUCUUGGGACUCAAGAUUUUAACAGAUGGCUUACGAUGGGGCGGCUAAUGGCGGCGAGCUUUGGUGAGACAUGCCUGUCGCCUCAACACUGGCAAAUGGUGAAAGAAAUGGAAAGGCUAAGAAAAGAUAGGCUAAAAUAAGUGCACCACUUGUUAGUUUUUAUGGUUCAUUGUGUUUGGUUUUUGAAAUUUGGUCUUCACCUCACUCUAGUAUAUGGUUCUCUUUGUGUUGGAGAUAUAUCUAAUUAACAAUAUGCUAUUGUGGAACCAUACAACUCUUGCUAUGUCUUUAGACUACAAGGAACACAAUCUAUGUGAAUUUUUGGUUUUUAUAUU